AUGCCACGAAAAGCACCCACCACCACAGGCGGCUCGCCAACAGCAGCGGCAGCAGCAGCGGCGACAGCACCAUCAUCAUCAUCAGCCCCCUCCAAACUGCCUAAAAAGAAAGCCCCCGUCAAAAAGAAGCCCGAAGUAACCUCCAUCGACGACCUAGCCCUCCCGCGCUCCAUCAUAACGCGCCUCGCCAAAUCCGUGCUCCCCGCCAAUGCCGCGAUCCAGAAGCAAGCGGUAGGAGCCAUCUCGCAGUCCUCGACCGUCUUUGUCAACUUCCUCUGCGCGACCGCGAACGAUCUUGCGCAUCGAGAGGGUCGCAAGGGUCUCAACGCUGCGGAUAUACUCACGGCAAUGAAGCUGCUGGAGUUUGACGACUUCUCGCCGAGGAUGGAGGCGGAGCUGGAAUUGUUUCUGCAGGCGGAGGCGGCAAAAAAGGUACCCAAGGAGAAGGAGAAUGAGAAAGAGAAAGACGAGACGAUAGGAGAAGCGACGCAGGAGCUGGAUGAGACGGAGGAGGGAGAGGCUACGCCGGCAACAAAGAAAGCGAGGGUUGAUGGAUCCGGCGAUCUUGAGGGAUCGAGAACACAGGACAAGCCGGAUUCAGAGUCGGAGGACGACGACGAUGACGAUGAUGUCGAUGUCGAAGCGUCUGACGACGAUGCGGUUGUCUCUGACGACGAACCUGAAGACGAAAUUGAGGCACAUGGCGAUACGGACAAGGAGGAGCUCGACGAUCGCGAUACAGUAGGAGGGGAGGAUGUGGAUGAUGCUUUGGAUGACGGCGCGCUGAGCGAUUGA